AAAAUGUCCUAAUUUUGGAAGAAAUUAGGAUCAGCAGCUUUAAUGAAAAGCUGCAUUAAAAGUCAUGACAAAUUGGCAUUAAAUAGGGGAAGCCCCACAUUUUACCGACGUUGUUUCGCUAUAAUCAUGAGCUUCACAAAGAAUCUAUAUACGAUUUUGGAGAAAUUCAACUUAUCCGACAAUGAUCGUAGAGCUUACACUGAUGACGCUGUAGAAAUUCAGAACUGUGUCAUUGAAAAACUGAAAAGCGCCGAUGCUACUUUUUGCCAAAUUUUCGAUGGUCUCAGUUUGUUUGGAAGCUACCUGGAUCGGGUCAAACUGGUAACUCCCGACGAAUUUGACCUACUCAUGAAACUGAAACUGCCAUUCCCAAUUACUCCGGUGAAGUGUGGUGAUGGGUUCGUCUCUCUAAAUGGGAACAUUAGGAGCUGCCUUUUUGCUGGGCCGGAUGGAUUUGUUCGACGCAACAUACUCCAAAAAUGGUUACGCGGUGUGUUCAAAAAAGUAUUCUCGAAACCUCUGCACUUUAGGGCCAUUAGUGGUCAAGUCUAUACAGUGAAUUCAUCCACAACAGCGUCCCUUCCAGGGUGUGCCCACAACAUUGAGGCUGUGAGCGCAGGUCGCACGAUCUCCUUUGAUAUGGUGCCGGCCUUCGAGUUCUCCUGGCCACAAUGGCCAUUUGACGAAACUCCGGUCCCCCCGGAGAUACGCGAGUAUUGGCCCUGGUUCGCUAUUCCGCAGAAAAUGCCGAAAUCGAAGAGCAAACUUUCAUUCAUGACUUGUGCCCCCCACUGGGAGCGCGAAAUGAUGAGGAAUUCGCAUAACUUCAGGAACGUGCUGCGUCUGAUGAAGGGACUGCGGGACGGCAGCGCCGAUGGGAUGCCUCAUCUUUCCAGCUAUAUGCUCAAAACCGUUAUGCUGCACAGACUUAAAAAUGUUGAUUGGAAAAAGGAUUUGGGCUUACUUCUACUAGAGAUGUGGUGCCAUUUGUUGGAUCAUCUUCGUUGUGGCAGACUCGAAUUCUUCUUGGCCAGUAGACACAAUAUUUUGAGUCACUUGAAGUCCGGAGAUGCAAACCAAUGUAGAGACACUGCCUUGGCGCUUAUGGUUAAGCUAAAGAAUGCUAAGGACAGUGCCAGCUAUACGGACUUGGCUAAUUGUUUUAAAAUAUAA